AUGCUUUACCCUAUAUUUAUCUUAUUUUGCUACAUUUUGCAAACAUUUGCAGCUCCAAAUGGUCCUAAAAGUCCACUAUAUGAUAACUUUUAUUCACUCCCUAAAGGAUAUGAAAAUGCAAAACCAGGUGAUAUUUUGAAAGUUAGACCAGCUCCCAAUAAAAUCGACAGUCCUUUGGUUCCCAUUGAUGUCAAGAAUGUUUGGCAGAUAGUGGUAAGAUCCAAAGACUCUUUUGGAAAGGCAACUGCCUUUGUUACCACUUUGAUUGAACCAUAUAAUGCAGAUCCAUCUAAAGUUCUUUCAUAUCAGACGUUUGAAGAUUCAGCAAAUAUCACCUGCUCACCAUCUUAUGGAUUCCAAUUUGGUGCACCUUCAAAUACAAUAGCUUCCAAAGUUGAUUUGGCAUUCAUGGGUAUUGCUCUCAAGAAUGGCUACUUUGUGAAUAGCCCCGAUUAUGAAGGGUUCAAUUCGGCUUUUACUGUAGGUAGGAGAUCUGGUCAGGCAGUACUUGAUUCAAUCAGGGCUGUUUUGCAAUCUGGAAGUUUUAGCGGAGUUAAAAAAAAUGCCAAAGUUGGUCUUUGGGGAUAUUCAGGAGGAUCAUUAGCAUCAGGGUGGGCUGCUGCACUUCAACCAUCAUAUGCUCCCGAAUUAAAGAAAAAUAUAAUUGGUGCUUCUCUUGGUGGGUUUGUUACCAACAUUACUGCUGUCGCUGAAAUUGUAGAUGGUACAUUAUUUGCAGGAUUGAUACCUCUUGCAUUAACUGGACUUGGUAAUGAAUAUCCAAAAGCUCGAAAGAUUAUCAAAGAUAGUGUUGCUCCACACCAUAAAAAGAGAUUUAGUGCAGGUAAACGUUUAUGCUUUACACCAGCUAUUCCUUUUUAUGAUUCCAACAACAUUCUUACUGGACAAGAUCCCAUGAUUCCAGUCGGAUUUGAUUUAUUGAAAACGCCCGUUCUCAAAAAAAUAGUAAAAGCCAAUUCCAUUGUUUAUUUGAACCGUAGUUAUGUCCCAGAAAUCCCAAUAUUUGUAUACCAUGGUAGUUUAGAUAAAGUGGUUCCAAUCAAGGAUGUGAAGAAAACGUACUCAAAAUGGUGUAAAUGGGGAAUUAAAUCUUUUGAAUUUGCCGAAGACCUCCUGAACGGUCAUGUUAAUGAAGAAUUGAUUGGUGCACCUGCUGGUUGGACUUGGCUAGAACUUCGAUUCCAAGGGAAAAAACCAAUAAAUGGUUGUUCUAAUUCCCCAAGAUUAUCAAAUUUCUUCUAUCCUGGUAUCUCAAUUGCUACUAGUCUGUACUUUGCAGGAAUUCUUGAUUCUUUUUUCAAAGUUGAUCUAGGAGAAUUCAGUUUUGUGGAUGCGAUUGGAAAAUAUUAG